GGUAUUUUGAAACAAGCAUCGAUACAUUGUCCGGUCGGUAGUGAGUCAGAAAAUGCAUCGGAGCUCCGGUAUCAAUCGUCCCAUCACUAGUCCAGGCAGUCCCUCCCCAUUUUGGUCUGUUUUCUUCUGUUUGGUGCAGUGCAUUACGACCCAUGUGUUUGCAGUGCUGUAAUCGAAGCCAAGUCAUGAUGACGCCCUCUUGAGGUCGGUGUGUUAGGUGAUGUUCCUGUUGACCCCGUUGUGACCUUGGUGGUUUCCGCUGGGACUAGACAAUCGUAAGCAGAACUGUCAAGUCACAGAAAGAUGACCUCAACAUCCCCCUCCCACAGCGACAGCAGCAGCGGCUCAUCCAAACAUGGCAGCCAUCAGGACAGCUGGGAGAUCAUAGAGGGGCUAAAGGGUAACCCUGGCAACAUCCAGGAGCCAGAGAAACAGGAAGGCUUCCUGCUCAAGAGGAGGAAAUGGCCCAUGAAGGGAUGGCACAAGAGAUACUUCUCGCUGGAGAAAGGCAUUCUGAAGUACUCAAAAUGUAGAGCUGAUCUGAGGAAAGGCAAGCUGCAUGGCUGCAUUGAUGUGGGGCUGUCUGUCAUGUCAAUCAAGAAGAAAACCAAGGCCAUCGAUCUGGACGCCAACGACAACAUUUAUCACCUCAAGGUGAAGUCUGAGAAGUCUCAGGAAGUGAAGUCACAGGAGUUGUUUGAUGAUUGGGUGUCGAAGCUACGACAUCACCGUGUCUUCCGUCAGAACGAGAUCGCCAUGUACCCCCACGAGAGGCACCUGUUUCACCCCUCACACCUGUCGCCUAACCUCAACGACUCCAUGAGACGGCAGCACCCCAGUCUGGCUAAGCAGGCGUCAGUUGUCCAGCAGGCGAAGGUCAGUGCCUGGCUUCACUCCUCAGAAGACAUGGACAGGUGCUGCAGAGACUUGGCGGACUGUGAGUCUUACCUGUUGGAACUCAACCUGCUGCUGAAGAGUAUGGAGGUUCUCCACCGCACUUCCUCUGCCCCCGCCAUCAGCCUCAUGGCUUCAACAUAUGACAUUCCCAAGAAGGAGAAGAGGGGUCCCAGGAAGUGGCGUUCAAAAAAUUACACCAAAGAUGCCCAAGCCACGCUACAGGUUCCUGGCUGUGGCUCACCGCCUGCCUCUCCUCAUCUCCAUACCUCCCACCCAAACCUCUCUACUGCUGAAGCCAACACCUCCUUCCUGGAAACCCCAGACUCACCUACUGAUGCCAACCGCCUCCAGGAAGACUUCUGCAGGCUGGCUAACAACAUUCACUCCACUCUGCGGUCAGCCUAUAGUUCUCUAUCAGCAGAGAGAGACAUAGUGAGACACACUAUUGACCUGAAGGCCCCCCCCCCAGCUCAGGUCAUGGGCCUCAAGACCGGCUAUGGUUCGGGUCUCCCAGAUGGAUCCCGCCAACUUGUCCACCAGGCAUCCAAUGAGUCCAUGUCGGAGUUCUUUGAUGCUCAGGAGUACCAGCUCACCUCCAGCUCCUCUGAGAAUGAGGCUUCUGAUGAUGACUCGUAUAUCAGUGAUGUCAGUGACAGUGUUUCCAUGGACACCGGCUACAGCAACGAGGGAGGAAGCGAGAGACAUGACUCUGCAGGCUCAGGAGGAAGUGGUGUUCAGGUGGCCCGCAGACGGACUACCCUCCCCUCCCCCCAACCCAGCAGCAGCAGUGUCAGUCUAUGGAACAUCCUCAAGAACAACAUAGGGAAGGACCUGUCCAAGGUAGCCAUGCCUGUUCAUCUCAACGAGCCUCUCAACACACUGCAGAGGCUGUGUGAGGAGGUGGAGUACUCUGAGCUGCUGGAUACAGCGAACCACACACAGGACCCGUACCAGAGAAUGGUGUAUGUGGCAACAUUUGCAGUGUCUGCAUAUGCCUCCAGUUACCACCGGGCAGGAAGUAAACCCUUUAACCCCGUCCUGGGAGAGACCUACGAGUGUGACAGACCUGACAAGGGCUUCAGGUUCAUAGCAGAACAGGUGAGCCAUCACCCACCUGUGUCAGCGUGUCACUGUGACUCUCUCAACUUCACUUUCUGGCAAGAUGUCCAGUGGAAGAAUAAGUUCUGGGGGAAAUCCAUGGAGAUUGUUCCCAUGGGAACCACUCAUGUGACCCUGCCAGGGUUUGGGGACCACUAUGAGUGGAACAAGGUCACGUCCUGCAUCCACAACAUCCUGAGUGGCCAGCGCUGGAUAGAACACUACGGAGAGAUGUCAAUCAAAAACACCAGCAGUGAUGCCUGCCAGUGUACAGUGACCUUCGUCAAGGCAAAAUCGUGGAGCUCAACGGUGAACAAGAUAGAGGGAGUGGUUACAGACAGUGGAGGGCGUGUCAUCCACUCAUUCUUUGGCAAAUGGCAUGAAGGCGUGUACCAAGGAGACACACCCUCUGCCAUCUGCAUCUGGAGAGCAAACCCCAUGCCUGUGGACCAGGACCAGUACUAUGGCUUCACUCAGUUUGGUGUGGAGCUGAAUGAGCUUGAUGCCGCCCUGAAGCCCUUCCUACCCCCCACAGACACACGCUUCCGUCUCGACCAGAGGUGUUUGGAAGAAGGGAACAUUGAGGGGGCUGAGGAGCAGAAGCAGAGGAUCGAGCUGCUCCAGAGAGAAAGGAGAAAAGUCCUGGAGGAGAACAACAUGACGCACAAACCACGCUUCUUCAAGAAAUCAAAGGAUGACACAUGGCUGAGCUCUAAUACAUACUGGGAACAGCGGAAGGACCCUGGGUUCAGCUCUAGAGAGGACUUCCCUGUGCUGUGGUGACCCUGUAACCCCACUGGAGUACAGAUCUAGGGUCAGAUUAUCCUUGCCCACAACAGACACAGGAUUUUCCAAAACAGGGAUCUCCACCUCCACACCAAAAUUGCCGUCUAUCAAGCCGCCUGCAUCACCACACUUCUAUACAGCUGUGAAGCCUGGGUCACUUAAUCGCCACAACAAGCAGCUCGAGCGAUUCCACAGAAGAUGCCUGCAGCGCAUCCAGGGAAUCACCUGGUGCCACCGUGUCCUGUACUGAAAUACUUGUUAAGACCCACUGUGAGAGUAUGGAGGCCACGGUCGCCCAACACCAACUGAGCUGGCUUGGGCAUAUCAUUAGAAUAUCUUGGGAGUGCUAGCCGUGGAAGAUCCUGUAUGACCAGCUAUAUCUUGGGAGUGCUAGCCGUGGAAGAUCCUGUAUGACCAGCUAUAUCUUGGGAGUGCUAGCCGUGGAAGAUCCUGUAUGACCAGCUAUAUCUUGGGAGUGCUAGCCGUGGAAGAUCCUGUAUGGCCAGCUAUAUCUUGGGAGUGCUAGCCGUGGAAGAUCCUGUAUGGCCAGCUAUAUCUUGGGAGUGCUAGCCGUGGAAGAUCCUGUAUGGCCAGCUAUAUCUUGGGAGUGCUAGCCGUGGAAGAUCCUGUAUGGCCAGCUAUAUCUUGGGAGUGCUAGCCGUGGAAGAUCCUGUAUGGCCAGCUAUAUCUUGGGAGUGCUAGCCGUGGAAGAUCCUGUAUGGCCAGCUAUAUCUUGGGAGUGCUAGCCGUGGAAGAUCCUGUAUGGCCAGCUAUAUCUUGGGAGUGCUAGCCGUGGAAGAUCCUGUAUGGCCAGCUAUAUCUUGGGAGUGCUAGCCGUGGAAGAUCCUGUAUGGCCAGCUAUAUCUUGGGAGUGCUAGCCGUGGAAGAUCCUGUAUGGCCAGCUAUAUCUUGGGAGUGCUAGCCGUGGAAGAUCCUGUAUGACCAGCUAUAUCUUGGGAGUGCUAGCCGUGGAAGAUCCUGUAUGGCCAGCUAUAUCUUGGGAGUGCUAGCCGUGGAAGAUCCUGUAUGGCCAGCUAUAUCUUGGGAGUGCUAGCCGUGGAAGAUCCUGUAUGGCCAGCUAUAUCUUGGGAGUGCUAGCCGUGGAAGAUCCUGUAUGGCCAGCUAUAUCUUGGGAGUGCUAGCCGUGGAAGAUCCUGUAUGGCCAGCUAUAUCUUGGGAGUGCUAGCCGUGGAAGAUCCUGUUUGGCCAGCUAUAUCUUGGGAGUGCUAGCCGUGGAAGAUCCUGUAUGACCAGCUAUAUCUUGGGAGUGCUAGCCGUGGAAGAUCCUGUAUGGCCAGCUAUAUCUUGGGAGUGCUAGCCGUGGAAGAUCCUGUAUGGCCAGCUAUAUCUUGGGAGUGCUAGCCGUGGAAGAUCCUGUAUGGCCAGCUAUAUCUUGGGAGUGCUAGCCGUGGAAGAUCCUGUAUGGCCAGCUAUAUCUUGGGAGUGCUAGCCGUGGAAGAUCCUGUAUGGCCAGCUAUAUCUUGGGAGUGCUAGCCGUGGAAGAUCCUGUAUGGCCAGCUAUAUCUUGGGAGUGCUAGCCGUGGAAGAUCCUGUAUGGCCAGCUAUAUCUUGGGAGUGCUAGCCGUGGAAGAUCCUGUAUGGCCAGCUAUAUCUUGGGAGUGCUAGCCGUGGAAGAUCCUGUAUGGCCAGCUAUAUCUUGGCCGGUGGUCUGUAGGGGGGCAGCGAAAGAACGUGGCUGAAGAAGAGCAACAUCAAACCCACAGACAGAGAGGAUGCUGCUGCCGACCGCUCCACCUGGAGGCAGCUCCGGAGGUUGUACAGAGGAGGGGAGGAGCUCCGGAGAGACACAACCAUGCCUGCCCCCGCCAACACAGACAUAUGCAAUAAAGUUUGGAUCUCCGAUUGGACUCUACACUCACUAAAGAAUUCACCGUUAACUCCGAGGUGGAAGUCCUCAUCAGAUACGAUGGACUACCAUAAGCAAGCCCACAACAAACCUUAACCAAUACAGGGGAAACUCACAACUGACCUUAGAUCAGCAUUCUGAGACAUCACUAGAGUCAAAGCUCUGACCUGGUGACUGGAGACUGCUGAGUGUCAGUGUGACCAAGACCAAAAAUGAACUUCCUGUGUCUGUAGGUGGAGCUAAAAUAGGUCUCGAUCUCUUCAUCCUAAUACAGAGUUUUCACUUGAUUCUUUGUUUAAAAGAAAAGAAAAAGCAUCUUUAAAUUGUUUUUGUCAUGACUUUAGUCUUUCCAGGGACAGGGUUCUCUUCUUUCAAUUUGAUCAUUUUCUCUAUGUAUGUUUUAUAAUGUCACUGUAGUUCGGAUGCAGUCCAGCCACCAAAGUGCCUUUUUAAUAUGGAAUGCUGUUCUACUCACAAUAACCUGCUGUAGAUGAUUAUGCAAAUCCUCACUCACUAUUGGUGAGUUGGUGCUUCUGUGCACUUAUGUCAUUCUUAAUGUGGUCUAUAUAGAAGAUCACUGGCGGGGUGUUGGUGUGCAUCCCAAAUGGAAACCUAUCGUCUAUGUAGUGCUAUUUAUGGAAUAGGGUGCACUUUAUAUGGAGUAGGGUGUCAUGUGGGAUACAGUCAAGGGUUGUAACUAGGAGGAUUUAACUUGUUUUUAAUGUCAAGCACUCUACUGUAAGAGUAUGAUUAUGUCCAAUCACAAUCUAGAUUGUUUUAAUACUCCUCAACCAUUGGCUGACAGUACGUGUGAGAUAAGGCCUUAUGGAACUUCAUAACACUGCGUGUUAAAGCCUGUAUGUUGCCCGUUUAUGAUCAGUCGUUACUGUAAAAUAAGAUGUAUACUGUAUAUCAGUAAAGAAUAGGGCCGUACUAUCUAUGAAGAUGAAUAAUAAACAGUGAGACUGUUA